AUGGUGGACCUGGAGGCGCCGAUCAGCGCCCAUGGCGCUCAGGCUCAGUAUGGGUCCGCGCAAUCUGUCAAGUCUGUACGAUCGGGCAACUCUGCGUCCAAGUACUACCAGGUGCAAAUUGACGCUUCCAGCAUCAUCAUCACCCGACUGAACCUGUUUGACCGAACUUGUCAGGCUGUGGCAGUUUUUGUUGCCGUCGCCAUCUGCUGCAUUGUGGGGUUUGUUGCGUUGUCUGAUUCCUUCUCUGGGCCAUUUUCUCUUGAGCAAUCUGAUGCCCAGAAGGCUCUCAGCAUUGAGAUGUCCAAGCGCAAGUAUGACCAGGCUAAGAAGCGUGUUGCCAGCCUGCAUGAGGAGUUUGAUGCGCUCAAGAAGCAGCUUCAGAACCAAGUCAAGAGCCUUGACGCGGCUAGAGGUGACCUCGUCACUCAGAUCAAGGCAGCGGAGGGCAACAAUGCCCUGACCAAGAACCUGGAGAGCAGCUCCGAGAGCGAGGACCUGGGCGACUCUGACUUCACUGCUCCAUACGUCAGGCGCCUGAGAGAUGCUGCCCUUGCUGCUACUGCUGCUGGAACCAGCAGUGAUGCCGCAGAUGCUGCCAAGCAUGCGCUCUCGUACACUCAGCAAGUUGCCUCUCGUGUUGGAGACCUGGCCGACGAGUCUGAGAAGCAGGCCACCAAGAUCGUGGACGCUGCCCGCCUCACACAAGAAGCGAAGGACGCCAUGAGAGCUGCCCUGGAACAGAGCAGCCAGAUUGUGGACUACAACACCCAUGCAGCUCAAGCCGUGGCCCAGGACUCCGGCUUUGUGACCACUGCCGCCCAGUCGAUCUCAGGAUACCUGCACAAUAUCUUCCAUGAUUCUCAGGCCGUGCACGAGGCUGCCAUCGCCUCUGUCGAGCACAUGAAUCAGGAUGUGACGGCUGCUGAUCAUGCAGUAUCAGAGAUCGAAGCCGACGCCAGGGAGGCUUAUGACGUGCUCAAGCACAUCUCUGAAGCCGACAAGGCUGCCACUGGGUUUGCCAAGCAUGCAAGAGCCGCUGCCAUCACUGCUGCGACUGCUGCAAACGGAGCCCUCAAGGGUGAGAAGGCUGCCAUGGUCGGAGGCUUGAAAGCCAUCGCCUCUGCUCACUCGGCCAAGGCUGGCGCUCAGGCUGCCAUGGAGUACGCCAGAGCUGCCCAGGCGGCUGUACAUCCCUAUGUGUAUGGACAGGUUCCUCUCGACUGGGGCACGAGGCCGCAGGCUGCUCCUGCUGCCCCCCAGCCGGCUCCUGCUGAGGUGGAGGCCCCAGUUGCUGAGGCCAAAGAGCUCGUAGACUCGGUUGUUGUUCUCAUGCAGCAGUUGACGAACGCUCUCGAGACCUACGGCACUGACUGCGAGAAGGUGAAGCAGAUCUUGACCUACUACCAGGCUCAGAUGGGCGCCUUCCAUGCUCAAGGCGUUGGACUUGCGGGCAAGAUUGACGAUGCCGACAUGAACCUCAUCGAGCAAUAUGCUCAGACCCGCGUGGCCUCGUUCGCCUCCAAGCUCGAGUCUGCUGUGAGAGUGUCUGCCACCGAGUGCUCUCUUCCCAUCUCUGCCUUCAUCCCUGAUGCCUCCAUCGGCAUGACUGACAAGCCUGCAAACGAGGCUAAGCUCAAGAUGCUCAGACAAGCUGCUGCUGUCAAGAAGGCUGCGCAGAAGAAGUCGGGAAAGAGGAUGGGAAAGGCUGAUCUUGACAAAGCCGUUGAGCACGAGCAGCAGCGCAUUAAGGAGCUCAGGGCUCAGGUGGCUGAAUUGAAAGCACAGAAAGCAAAACUGUCGAAGAAGUGA